UUGGGGAUGAAAAUUUACAACAACUGAUCACAUCUACAAGACCAGCACUGGAGGCAUGUUGUCCAUCAAUUGACAUUGAGGGAAUUGAGCUGGAAUGGACACGACUGAAGACAUCUCUUAUUAAAUACAGGUGUAUCUCCAGUUUAACCUGGAAACAACUGUAUGCAGAUUUUGGGUGUGACUUUCCAAACUUUUUUCACCUAAUAGACUACUUGUUGACUCUGCCAGGGUCUUCAGUUGAUGCAGAAAGAGGCUUCUCCUGUAUGAAACUUGUGAAAAAUGAUUGGAGAUCCAGAUUGGGGGAAGCCAAUUUGAGUGACCUGAUGCUUGUUUCCUUGGAAGUAGAGGAAAUUGAUCAGUUUGAUCCCCUGCCUGCAAUUCAUUUGUGGUAUGCAGGGGGAGAGAGGGCCAGGAGACCUUUCUACAAAGAUGAACUUAAGAGAAGCUGUAUUCCAAGAGAAAAGGUGACAGUUAGUAGAGAUGGGGAGAUUGAGGAAGUGCAGGAAGCUGUGGAGGAGGAAAUGCAGGAGGAAGAGGAGGCAGAUGAGAUUCAUAUUUCACCUUCAGAGUGUGAUGAUGAUGAUAAUGAUUAUGAUGAAGUUGAAGCUACUCUAAGCAGAAAAGACUUAAUAGAGCUACAAAAAAAGUCUUAUGCUAUGUUAAUGGAAAUGAUGAUGUGAAAUUAA